AUGAACAGGCAAAGGUGUUUUUGCUCAGGAUUUUAUAUGGAUAGUAAGCUUUAUGUCAUUAGUGGCAUAAAUGAGAAUUGUGAUUUACUUACUUGUGGAGAAUGUUAUGAUUUUGAGCGGCAUGUGUGGGAACUUAUUCCUAAUAUGAUAGAAGAUGUUCCAUCUAGAACCGUUCACUCCUCUCAACCCCAAGAUUUCAUGGCAAUUGUAAACAAUGAGUUGUAUUAUCUUGACGUCCCUUCUCGCCAUCUCAAGGUGUACUUGAAACACAACAACACAUGGACGAUAGUCGGUAGGGUGCCAGUGAGCAUAGAACUCUUCGAGGGUUGGGGAGUGACAUUGAAGUCUUUGGGGGACGAGCUAGUUUUAAUCUGUAGAACGCUGCGCAAUCACCCUACUUUCGAGAUCAUUAUGUGCUUUUGCACACCUAGUCCUGAAUUAGAUAAUGUAGAAUGGCAUGUCCUUGAUUUCAAUCGUCAAGGGCGGAACCCGUCCAUUUAUAAUUGUUGUGUAAUGAUGGCUUGA